AUGUCUCCUGCAGGUUCUUCAAGGUGGUGUCCAACACCAGAGCAAUUGAUGAUCUUGGAAGAAUUGUAUAGGACUGGGAUUAGGACUCCUAAUGCUUCUCAAAUUCAACACAUCACUGCCCAGCUCUCUUUCUAUGGAAAGAUUGAAGGCAAGAAUGUGUUCUAUUGGUUUCAGAAUCACAAAGCAAGAGACAGACAGAAGCUUAGGAGGAAGAUAAAUAAGCAACUUCAACAACAACAGCUUUACAAUCAUCAUCAUCAGCUACAACAGAACCACCUUCACUACUUUGAACCUCCAGCUGCUUGUGCUUUUCAUCAACUAUCCCAGCAUAACUCACCAUCUUUUCUUCCUCAUGAGGGAGGACUUGAAGAUGCAGCAGGUGCAAGCAGAGCAACCAACUAUACGUGGAAGUUGGGGAUACCAGAAACUAGAGAAACGGCAGAGAAGUCCAUGAUGAUGUAUGAGCAUGAUUGGAUGAUGUUGAUGAAUGUGAGUCCACUGCCCAUCCAAUGUAGCACCACUAAUACUACUACUCCUACUACUACUAGACCUCUCAAGACCCUUGAGCUCUUCCCAGUCACAGCAACCUGUCUCAAAGAAGAGAGUGACAAAUCCAAGCUGCCUUUCUACUGUUCCCACAACAACUAA